UCAGAGUAACUCACACAGAGCCCGCGAUGACUGGCGCUCACUCUCCGCGGGAAUGAUCUGAUUUGAGGCUGCGGAGAGUCAGCGGUGCUCUGUGAAAGUCAUGGCCGCUCAAUGCGAACCCUUAAGCGGAUACUUACAGCAGUCUGACCCGGGCUCCAACAGCGAGCGCAGCACCGACUCCCCGCUGCUUGUGUCUGAGGAUGACUCCAGCGGACCCACGGCGCCUCCGGACCCCGAGUGGACCGAGGAGAGGUUCCGAGUGGACCGGAAAAAACUGGAGAUCAUGUUAUUAGCUGCCACAGAGGGGCCAGUCAAUGGAGGUGAGGACUUCUUUCAGAAGGUCAUGGAGGAGACAAAUACUCAGAUUGCAUGGCCAUCCAAACUAAAGAUUGGUGCCAAAUCAAAGAAAGAUCCACACAUCAAAGUUAGUGGUAAAAGGGACAACGUGAAAGAAGCCAAGGAGAAGAUCAUGUCUGUUCUUGACACAAAGAGCAACCGCGUGACUCUAAAGAUGGACGUCUCACACACGGAGCAUUCGCAUGUCAUCGGCAAAGGAGGAAACAAUAUUAAGAAGGUGAUGGAGGACACGGGCUGUCACAUCCACUUCCCUGACUCAAACCGCAACAACCAGGCAGAGAAGAGCAACCAGGUGUCCAUAGCUGGUCAGCCAGGAGGAGUGGAGGCCGCCAGAGCCCGAAUUCGAGAGUUACUCCCGCUGGUUCUGAUGUUUGAGCUGCCAGUCAUAGUGCAGCUGAACCCUGACCCGAGCACUCCUGCCAUCCAGCACAUCUCGCAGACAUACAACAUCUCUGUGGCCUUCAAACAGAGGUCCAGACUCUAUGGUGCGACAGGAGUCGUGCGGGGCUCACAGAAUAAUGCUGCGGCUGUGAAGAGGGGUACAGCAGUGUUACUGGAGCACCUCGCAGGCAACCUGGCCAGUGCCAUAACAAUCAGCACACAGCUAGAUAUCGCGCCUCAACACCACCUCUUCAUGAUGGGCCGCAACGGCAGCAACAUCAAGCACAUCAUGCAGCGCACAGGAGCCCAGGUCCACUUCCCAGACCCCAACUGCCCACAGAAGAAAUCCACCGUAUAUGUGCAGGGAACCAUUGACUCGGUCUGUCUGGCACGGCAGUACUUGAUGGGCUGCUUGCCUCUGGUGUUGAUGUUCGAUAUCAAAGAGGACAUCGAAGUGGAACCACAGUGCAUUACUUCCCUAAUGGAACAGCUCGAUGUGUUCAUUAGCGUCAAACCAAAACCCAAGCAGCCUAGCAAGUCAGUGAUCGUGAAGAGCGUGGAGAGGAAUGCUCUGAAUAUGUAUGAGGCCAGGCGUUAUCUGCUGGGUUUGGAAAGCAGUGGUGUAUCCGUCCCGAGCAGCAGCAGUAACUGCAGCAGUCCUCCAUCAGCCCCUGCUCCACCUCCAGCUCUCAGCUGCACUGUCGGCCUCGACAUCCUGGCCUCCGCUGGACUUGGUCUUACGAGCCUGGGUCUUCUGGGACCUACAGCUGCCUCUAUGACGGGACCUGCCACCAACUCUCUUCUGAACGCUCUAAACAGCUCCAUCAGCCCAUUACAGGCACCAGGAUCUGGGUCACCCAGCCCCAAUCUCUGGCCCAACUCACUUACCAGUCCUGCCAGCACACCAGGUUUCUCAUCACCCCUGGUGAUCCACUCAGCCACCCCAGCCACUUUGACCAGUAUUUUGCUGUCAGGAGUGCCAGGAUACACCCAGAACACCCCUUCUCCUCCGCCCGGUCUCGCACCCAUAGAUCCCCAGGUCAACAGCAUAUCAGACUGCAGUAAAGCUGUGUCUCCACUCAGCACCAAAUCUAGCAACAUGUACAGUCGAAUGUCUGCAGCGUCUCUGGCAGAUAAAGUUCUGACCGCAGCUCAUGGAGACUCUGUGCAGGAAGCCAGUCCUCACUGUCCUUCUGAACCGCUGUCCAGCAAGUCCAGCCAAGACCAAGCCAUGCUUCUGUUUCUUCUUUCAAAGUUUUAUGGCGGUUGGCAAGCAAAUGAAGAUGUCGCUUAA